AUGGAGAAGGUUCCUGAUGGUCGCGAAAGUGGGAGAUUUGAACUGAUCUCUACUGUUCUUCGUUCGCGUUGUUACCGCCCUUUUCGUCCCACCUAUCUCAUCCAAUUUGUCAAACUGUUGAUCCUUCCAUCCCCAUCGAGUGGAGUAUCACUGAUCUUACACUCAAGCAUCUUUGAGGUUGAUGUCAAUCCUCUCAAAAACUAG